CUGGUGCAGCAUGGCCGCCGUCCCGCCCGACUCCUGGCAGCCGCCCACCGUUUCCAUGGAGACCACGUAAGGGAUGGGACCUCGCCUCGGUACCGGCACCGGAGCAGGAGGCCCUGCCCACCCCUGUCCCGCCCCCUUCCGCGGCACCGGAGGUACAUCGGUGUCGGCACCCUUCCCCCCCGGUUCCGGGCAGGCGCCGGUGUUCCUCCGUGCCCGAUCCUCCUGGUAAAGGGCAGUCCCCGGUGUUCGUGAGCCCCCGAUACCGGGAGGAUCGGGGAGACCCUGGACUCCACAGAUGCUAAGAAGCUCCCGGUGUCUCCUGGAACGGGUCAGCUCCGUUAUCCCUCAGUACCAACCGCUCCCGGUUUCCUCCCCCGGUACUAGGGAGCCCCUGGUCCCCCCCUCCCCCGGUGUCCCCCAUGAUGUCCAUAACCCCCAGUCUCCUUAGUACCAGGCAGAUCUCAGUGACCCCGUGGCGUCCCAUUCGCCCCAGUGUCUCCCGGUACAGCACAGAACUAGCCAGUCCCGAUAGUUUCCCCUGGUACCGACAGCCAUCCAUGUACUCCCGGGGUCCCAUUAUCUCCCAGUCCCUGCAGCCCCUAUUGCCCCCCAUCUCCUCUCACCUCUGUGGUCCCUGUCCCUGACUGAUCCUGGGGAGGGGGUCACGUUGAGGUGUUUCCUGGUACCUUUGCCUUCCUGUUCCCAUUCUCAUUCCUAUUCCCAUUCUCAUUCCCAGUAUUCCCAUUUCCYGUUCCCAGGAUUGGCCUACUGGUGCUGCAGCUGUACUAACAGCACAGCCCCCCGACUUUGGUCUGAAACUGGGGUUGGGGGUCACAGUGGGAUGACCCUGCUUUGCAGCUGCAAGAACUGCCCCAUAGGUGGAGGAGUUCACAACAGGGUGACCCAAUCCCCUGUUUCACCAUUCCUGGUGUUGUUCCCCAUUUCCAGUACCAUUCCUGUUCCUGAUUUAACCAUUCCCAGGAUGGGCCCACCAGUGCUGGAGCUGUACUGGCAGACAAAACUCUGGCUUUGGUCUGAAACUGGGUGUGGGAGUCACAGUGUGAUGACCCUGUCUCCUGUUCCCAUUCCCAUUCCUGGUGUUCCCCUUCACAGGAGGGGCCUCCUGGUGCUGUAGCUAUGCUGGCAACAAAGCCCCCUGACUUCAGUCUGAAGCUGGGGUUGAGGGUAUCACCAUGGGAUGAUCCCAUGGUGAUAUUCCUAUUCCCAAUACCGUUCCCCAUUCCUGGUGCCGUUCCCCUUCCCAUUCCCAGUGUUCCCAUUCCCAGGAUGGGCCCACUUGUGCUGGAGCUGUACUGGCAACACGCCCCCCGUACCUGCAAGAACUUUGCUGAGCUCAGCCGCCGUGGGUACUACAAUGGCACCAAGUUCCACCGCAUCAUCAAGGACUUCAUGGUGCAAGGCGGGGACCCCACGGGUACCGGCCGUGGCGGCGCCUCCAUCUAUGGGAAACAGUUUGAGGAUGAGCUGCACCCUGACCUGAAGUUCACUGGCGCCGGGAUCCUGGCAAUGGCCAAUGCCGGGCCAGACACCAAUGGAAGCCAAUUUUUCCUGACACUGGGCCCAGCACAGUGGCUGGAUGGGAAGCACAGCAUUUUUGGGAGGGUGUGCCAAGGAAUGGGGGUGCUGGGGCGCCUGGCCAUGGUGGAGACCAAUUCCCAGGACCGACCCCUCGACGAUGUCAAGGUCAUCAAGGCAUAUCCCUCGGGCUAGGGGGUAUGGCCCUGCCUCCAAAUUGUACUGUUUUUGUAAUAAAAGAGGUUGGAUG